AGACUGUGUAACACUGUGGUGAAAAUCUUCUGCAGUGUUUGUUGAUGUUUGAGAAGAAGGCUAAAUAGAGUCACAGUAUAAAAGAUAGUGAGUGAUGUGUUUCUGUAGCUUUCCAUGGGUUGGCAAAUCCUGUUUCUGUUGCUGCAUACAGGAGAUACUUGUGAUUUCUAAACCUAAAAUCCCGAAAUAUUUGAGUUGGCUGUAAUCAUGCCUCGUCCUUUAUUUUGCCGGAAUGGUUGCUGGGACCCAUUCGAGGAGAAGAGGCAAAUUAAUCUUUUUGACCAAAACACAGGUCUCCCGUGUUUUCUUGAACCAGAUGAGGUUAGCUGGAUAGAUUCAGCCAGGAAAAGAUUAACUGCAUUCUCCUGGACUGCAUCUUUGAGCUUGCCUCUCUUUAACUCUUUGCGCAUGGAGAUUCUACCUACAUGCAUUGGACCCCAAGAACAUAUUUCUGAUGCUGCUUGUAAACGGACCGAACAAAACUGGAAAGUUUGUCUCAAUGUCAAUCCAUAUUCUCUAGAGGAUAUUAGCAUGAAAACCAAGGAGGGAUUUUUGGAGAUAACGGGUAAUCGUGACGAAAGGCAAAAAAACAACAGCUUAAUCUCCAGAAGCUUUUCAAGAAAAUACAAGCUUCCAUUCGACUUGGACCUAAAACAGAUCAACACUGUGCUGUCACCAGAUGGUAUUCUCUCAGUGGAGGCGCCAUUAACCGGAUCUGAAGUUGCUCUCGCUGACGAGACUGUCAUCCCUAUUCAAAUGAUGGACAAACCUGGGUUCCACUAUUAACAACCAUUUUCUAACCUUGUCGCAUAGUCAGUUUUCUUAAAUGACUCAUGUUCAUAGUAAUGUGUUUUUAAGAUGCAAGAACACAUUUCUUACAAUAACAUCAAAUGUGUGAAUCAAUACUGGCUUUGAGAGAAUAUUGUAUAUCAUAAAUAAUAAAUGUUUUGAAGUGAGCUCUGUUA